AUAGUGGGCUUAGACGUCUGCAAGCACCUUUCUAUGUUCAUAUUAUCUCGCGGUCGAGAUAGGCAAGCAUUCUCGUCGUCGCAAAGCAUACGUGGUCGCGUGGCUGGGUUAUGCUUGUGGAAUUGUUCAUUGUGGUGCUUCGAGUGAAGAGAAUGUUGGCUCCAGGGUCGCUAUCCCAACAUGGGUGGCCGCCGCCCAUACGUUUAGGAACCUUCGCAAUUGUUUAGCAACGCGUAGGUAUGUACUCUCACUGUAGUCUAUUGAAGCACAUCAUCUUGUGAGGCAGGACCCCGCGUGGGGAGGGUUGGCGUCGAGCCGGCCACCGGAUGAAAGCACAACUUGACAGACAGAUUUUACAGAUUCUGAUGCUUUUAUCGUGGAUUCUUCAUGCCAUACCGGCGUCAGGUUAGCCGUCUUUGCAAUUGCAGAUACCAAUGGGGAACAGAACGAAAGUUCAUCAGGGAAGCUGUAUAGUCGGGGAGUACUUGUACAAGGUUCGUGUGUAUAGUUCAGGCGGUCGUGAGUAUGGGAAUUGAUAUGUUUCUUGCUCUGCGGAAAUGCACGCAGAACCGAGUAACAUGCACUCUCAGCUUUCGAGAAGGCCUCGAAACCCGAAAUAUGAGCACUUUCCCGGAUUUAGACCGCUUUAGCAGGCAUUGAACCUCCCUGUAUGACCAUGUCGGAGCAUAUUCAAAGGUGCAUCUUGCCCAGAGGUUAAUAUCACUUCAAAGCCCCGUCAUACUGUAGCCAGUUCCUUUCGAACAUAGUUGAUGGUGGGACGUGCAUCGAGCCAUCACCGCCAACAUCGGGUCUCUAUCAGUUCCCACAGCCCGGUGUCGGCAUCAACUCAACCUCUAUUCUGGUACUUCGAUUCUCUUCUGUGGACUGCGGGCUCAUAUAGUUCUCGCUUUCACAAAAAUGCAAACCAUUACCCCGAUUUACCUCCAGUCAGUUCUCUAGACUGCCACGCCUGUUCUAAAACAUGACUCAAGCCUUCGUUCAUAUCCCAAUGGGUACUCCCCUACCGCAACUACCUCAUGCCAUUUCCGUCUCUAUACCCACAUGGAAAGAGACAUGGGAUUAUAAGCGUGAUGAGUGUAAUCCAAAGAUGCUCGAUCGCUUCGAGACCGGCUACCCACGUUACUUCAUACACAGGAGCAUCGAGAAGCUUGCCCGCAUCUGCGAGGCUCAAUUUGGGUCUCCUUCCGAGACAUCGCUGCUCAUAGCCUCUCGUCGAGCUGCAGAAGCUUGUCGCGAUUUCCUCACAGUGCGCAAGGUCUCCUCCCGCGUCAUCAGCCUGCGCGUCCAGGAUGCACAUUUUACAGCCCUGUUCUUCAACCCCGAGUCGUAUGACACCGCCCGACUGUUUUGGGAAUUGACUGGCCUUGGUGUAUCCAGUCGUUGCGCUGACCAGUGUCUCGAAUCCAUCGCCAAGGAUCCUGCUUCUCUGCAAGUGUACACUGAUUCUACGACGAAUGGUCACACAGGCAUGGCGAAGGAAGGAGAACAAGCCAAAGCUGCUGUUCGUCACCGUAUUUCUGGCUUGCUAUCACAGUCAUCAACUACCACUGUAGCGGAUACUGAUGUGUUUCUGUAUCCCACGGGCAUGUCUGCUGUCUGGUUUUCCCAUCAACUCUGCCUGGGAGCUCUAGGCGAACGUCCGUCAGUCUGCUUCGGGUUUCCCUACACUGACACUUUGAAGAUACUACACAACUGGUGCUCGGACGACCUUGCAUUCUAUCCUGAUGGCUCGGAGGCAUCGAUAGACCGUCUCGAAGAACUUUUGGCUGCUAGGCACGCAGAAAAUCCAUCAAUACCGCCCAUUCUGGCGCUCUUCACGGAAUUGCCCUCCAACCCUCUUCUUCGUUCAGUCAAUUUGCCUCGUCUACGCAAACUAGCAAACCAAUAUGACUUUGUGAUCGUUGUCGACGAGACAGUCGGUAACUUUGCGAAUGUGGAUAUCCUACCUUACACAGAUAUUAUCGCGUCGAGCCUGAGCAAGACGUUCAGCGGCGCUGGAAAUGUCAUGGGUGGCAGUCUUGUACUGAAUCCUGCCGGAAAACACUAUACUCGCCUCUCCGAACAUAUUCGCGAGACGUACGAAGAUCUCUGGUUCUCGGCCGAUGCGAUUGUUAUGGAGCAGAACUCCAGAGACUUCGCUGAACGCAUGCGCGCCGUUAGUGACAACGCUGCCGCCGUGGCACAUCUCCUGCGCGACGCCCAUCCUAUCAUCACCGAGGUGUUCUACCCCGAAUGGCAGACAACAGAGUUGUACAACGCAUGUAGGAGGCCCGGUGCUGGGUAUGGUGGGCUUUUCUCGUUGCACUUUGUGUCGCCUGCAUGUGCUCGGGCGUUCUACGACACACUGCCGUGUGCUAAAGGGCCGAGUUUUGGGACAAACUUCACGCUCGCGUGCUUCUAUACGGUCUUGGCGCAUUAUUAUGAACUGGAGUGGGCGGAGGGGCUUGGUGUGGGCGCGGAUUUAGUGAGGAUAAGUAUCGGGUUGGAGGACAGGGAAGAGAUGUUGGGGGCGUUCAAAAGCGCACUGGAGGCGGCUAGGAAAGCUUAUGAGGCUUGAGUACUUUCUGGAACAACUGUUUCAAUUUCGCCUUUUCCUUCGAGAUAUGUGCAAGCCGUCAGUUCCUUUCGGUUACUUUCGUGUAAGUUACAGGGAUCGCAUUUUUUUGUUAAUCGCAAUGAAAGGAAUACCUCUGUGUCCACUCCCUUC